CACGCAGGUUUAAAUCACCGCGUUCAGUUCCCAUUUCUGUGUCAGUCAGCGCGACGUCCGCCGACAGAAAGUGAAAAUAAAGCAGUUCGCAGUGAACUGAGACGAUAACGACGUCGAACUGACGGUCAGGACGCGUUUCAGCCGCUAACUGCGCUGCGUGUCGCUCAUUUCUGCGCUGACGUUACAGCGUCAGCUCGUCAUUAGAGGAGGUGAAGGAUCACUCGCCGCCGACACGAUGCAGAGCACCACCAACUACCUGUGGCUGAUCUCAGACCUGCUGGGUCAGGGAGCCACGGCCAACGUCUACCGCGGCAGACACAAGAAAACUGGAGACCUUUACGCUGUCAAAGUGUUUAACAACCUGAGCUUUCUGAGGCCGCUCGACGUCCAGAUGAGGGAGUUCGAGGUUCUGAAGAAACUCAACCACAAGAACAUCGUCAAGCUGUUCGCCGUGGAGGAGGAGUCCAACACCCGUCACAAAGUCCUGGUGAUGGAGUACUGUCCCUGUGGAAGUCUCUACACCGUGUUGGAGGAGUCGUCCAACGCGUACGGACUCCCCGAGGACGAGUUCCUCAUAGUUCUGCACGAUGUCGUGGCAGGUAUGAACCACCUGAGAGAGUACGGCAUCGUUCACCGGGACAUCAAACCAGGAAACAUCAUGCGUGUGAUCGGAGAGGACGGACGCUCCGUCUACAAACUGACAGACUUCGGAGCAGCCAGAGAGCUCGAGGACGACGAGCAGUUUGUGUCUUUGUACGGCACCGAAGAAUACCUGCACCCUGACAUGUAUGAGCGAGCCGUGCUGAGAAAAGACCACCAGAAGAAAUACGGCGCCACGGUGGAUCUGUGGAGCAUCGGCGUCACGUUUUACCACGCCGCCACCGGCAGCCUCCCGUUCAGACCGUUCGAAGGGCCGCGCAGGAACAAAGAAGUCAUGUACAAAAUCAUCACAGAGAAACCGUCUGGGACGAUCUCCGGCCAUCAGAAGUGUGAGAACGGGAAGAUCGAGUGGAGCACGGAGAUGCCGGUGUCCUGCAGUCUGUCCAAGGGCCUUCAGAGCCUCCUGACUCCGGUGCUCGCCAACAUCCUGGAGGCCGAUCAGGAGAAGUGUUGGGGCUUCGACCAGUUCUUCGCCGAGACCAACGACAUCCUGCACCGGACCGUGGUCUACGUGUUCAGUCUGCAGCAGGCCACGCUGCACCACGUCUACAUCCACGAGUACAACACGGCGGCGCUGUUCCAGGAGCUGCUGUCCCGCAGGAGCAGCAUCCCGCUGCACAACCAGGAGCUGCUGUACGAGGGCCGCCGCCUCGUCCUCGACCCCAACCGCCAGGCCAAGACCUUCCCCAAAACCUCCAGAGACAAUCCCAUCAUGCUCGUGAGCCGCGAGUCCGUCGCCACCGUGGGCCUGAUCUUUGAAGACCCGAGUCCUCCUAAAGUUCAGCCUCGCUACGACCUCGACCUGGACGCCAGCUACGCAAAGACGUUUGCUGGUGAUGUUGGACAUUUAUGGAAGACGUCAGAGUCUCUGCUGGUUUAUCAGGAGCUGGUGCGGAAAGGAGUUCGAGGUUUGAUUGAGCUGAUGAAGGAGGACUACAGUGAGAUUCUACACAAGAAGUCUGAAGUCUUCCAUCUGUGCAACUACUGCACACAGAUCCUGGAGAAGACCGAACAGCUGUUCGAGGUGUUGAUGCAGGCCAACAUGCUGUCGUCAGAAUACGACGAGAUCUCAGACAUGCACAAGAAAGUUCUCAGAAUCUCCAGCUCUUUGGAGCCGAUCGAACGAACGACACAAGACAUCAAGAGUAAGUUCCUCUCAGGCAGCCUGCUGACCGACGGCUGGACACAACAAGUGGGGACGCACCCCGAGGACAGGAAUGUGGAGAAAAUCAAAGUGCUGCUGGACGCCAUCACAGCCAUCUACCAACAGUUCAAGAAGGACAAAGCAGAGAGACGUCUGCCGUACAACGAAGAGCAGAUCCACAAAUUUGACAAGCAGAAGUUGGUCCUUCACGCCAGUAAAGCUCGCUCUCUGUUCACGGAGGAGUGCGCCAUGAAGUAUCGCCUCUUCAUCUCCAAGAGCGAGGAGUGGAUGAGGAAGGUUCAUCAUGUGAAGAAGCAGCUGCUCGGCCUGUCCGGUCAGCUGAUCAGCAUCGAGAAGGAGGUGACGAUGCUGCUGGAGAGAGCCAUCAAGCUGCAGGAACAGCUGCCUCAGAAGGUUCUUCCUCUGGUGUCCAGUGGGAUGAAGUCUCAGGCGUACCUGAGUCAGAACACUCUGGUGGAGAUGACUCUGGGGAUGAAGAAGCUGAAGGAGGAGAUGGAGGGAGUCGUCAAAGAGUUGGCAGAGAACAACCACUUCUUAGAAAGGUUCGGGACUCUGACGCUGGACGGAGGCCUGAGAGGUUAAGAAACGGAGUCUCGCCGCAGCGUUCGACUUCUCAUGAAGCUGCUGUAAAUAUUCUGUGUGUUUAUCCUGUAAAUAAUGUGAGACUGAGAUGAAGCUUUUUGUAUGAACAGUUCUUCAUUCAGAACAGUUGGACCUGUUCAGGAAUCGUUACACUGCUGCAGAUGAAACGUCUUCGCUCGCUCCAACAUGUUUGGAUCUGGUGACGAGAGAAGGAACAACUGAAGAACCUUGACUGAACCCUGACACACAGCAGGCGCCGGCUGAGUCCAGAGAUCCGUUAGAAACAGAACUUUCCUCUUGAUUUAAACAAUUUUUAGAAUUAAUUUGGAGCUGAAGUCGUUUCAGUGCUCAUCAGAACCUCAGUAACAUCUUUAACUCAUUCUAAGAACAUUUUGUCAAAUAUUUCAAAUUAAUGUAAAUGUGUAAAUUAAGAACUAUAUAGUUUAUUAAUGACGUCGUCUUCAGGGUUUAGUUUGUUCUCUUCUAUCAAACCUGGACUCAGAUCAGAGUGUGUGUUGUGUGUUUGGGCUUUCAGGAGGAAUUCAGGGUAUUUUAAGGGAUUAAAAGUCAAAGUGAUUGGAUUAUACCACAGUAAGAUAUCCAUGAUAGAUUUCUGCACCGAAUGAAGGCUUGAAAGGAUCUCCUUUAUUUAACAAAGUCACAUUAAAGGGUUUAAAAUUUAUUUAAAUGGACCAAGUAAGACAGAAGUGUCAUCUAAAUUGACACAUUCUGAAUUUAAGGAUGACUUUAAUGUUAUUUUGUGAAUUUUAAAUCCUUCAGCUGUGCAGAGAAUCCAUUAAACCUUCAUCUGAACCCUUAACGACUCUUUAAGAUACUUCACUGUUAAUGGGGAUUAAAGGCAUUUUAAAAUGCUGAAAAUUACUGAUUGCAUUUGGCAUUUGUUUAUAAUUUAAAGGCUGAUCAGUAAUCAAUUUAAACAGUUUCUUCUAUAAGUAUAUUAUUGUCACCUGUUGACUUCAGACACUGGUCAGUUGAAACAUUAGGAAAUACCUCCUCACACUCGUAUCGCUCAUCUUCAUCUUUCUCUCUCGAAGAUGUUCAUGUUUCGUUUUGUCAGUAAUCAGCAAUCACAAUGCUCAAGGACUGUUUGAAAAACAUGUAAAUAAAGAAAAAAUGUGAUGAACGA